AUGUCCUCCACAAAGAAGUCAAGCUCGCGAAACAGUAGUGCUCCGGCCCUUACACAAGGCACCUUGGCAUUUGCUACCAAACGCACGAACUCACACACCACUACUAAGACAAAGGGGCCUCCCCUGGCACGACGGUCAUCCUCUUUGAUUGAAAAGCAUACAGUUGAAGAUGCAAUAGACUUGGAGAUUCACAACGAAGAGGAUAGUAACGUGGUGCUUGAGAUAUCCUCAGAAGAGGAGUACUCACCAGCUUCUGUGAAGCGGAGUGGAGCUCCUAAUACCACGAAAGCAUCGAUAUCUAGUUCUGCCAAGAAGCUAAAGGAUGACCCUCCUGCUGCUAAACCUGUGGAGCAACGGUCGACAUUAGAUGUGUCGGGCAAGAUCUACCGCAAACACUAUGGGCAAGUGCGAGACAAGAUGGGCCACCUUGAACCGAUUCAUGCCGAAGGGCAGAAUAAAAUCCAUCAGAUACUUCGCUUAUUUGACAUGUCCUACGAGUACGGCCCGUGUGUUGGCAUGUCACGUCUUGAGCGCUGGGAGAGAGCUGCUUCGCUUGGCCUCAACCCACCUGAUGAGGUUCAGCAUAUUCUCUUGACCGGAGAAGGGGUCGAUAAGGAUGAAUAUUCCCAAUGUGUUCUUUGUGGAGAAGUGUAG